AUGGGAACUCGAAAUGAUAGCCCCCAAGGGCUAUCCCUUACGGGAAAUUCCAAUUCCAAUGCCAAUAGCACUUUAAACCCAAGCCUAUCUGCGAUGAUUGUCCAAUGGGAUGAUAAUGAUCCCAUGCAUCCUUAUAGUAUGAGCUUAGGAAGAAAGUGGUUGACUGUUGUUACUGUCUCCAUGGGCUCGCUUUGUGUUGCUUGCACUUCUUCCAUAUAUUCAACAACUUAUGACCAAAUUAUGAGCGAGUUCCAUUGUUCUCAAGAAAUCGCCACCCUUGGUCUUUCACUCUUUAUCUGGGGAAUGGGUACGAAGAUACUAUUCCUCCAAUUGCUUCCAAAAUUAACACCCAAUAUUCUCUUUGUAGGCACCGGUCCGCUAAUAUUCAGUCCUUUAUCUGAGAUCUAUGGCCGGAGAGUUAUUUACUUAUACUCACUUACUUUCUUUUUCAUUUGGCUCAUACCAUGUGCUGUUGCAAUGAACAUACAGACGUUACUCAUUGGGCGAUUCCUCAAUGGUUUUGCCGGUAGUGCAUUUCUAAGUGUUGCAGGAGGUACCAUUGGGGACAUGUUUCCUCGGCACCAGCUAGCACUUCCCAUGAUGGUAUAUACUGCCAGUCCAUUUAUUGGACCCGAACUUGGGCCGCUGCGCUGGACCUUUUACAUGCUGCUGUGCUGGGCUGCUGCAAUGCUUCUUUUGGUAUAUUUCUUCGUGCCGGAAACUUAUCAACCCAUGUACGUUUACGCGAAAUUUGUUUUGUUGAAAGACGGCCUGACAGAUUACUACAGACUUUUGAGACGAAAAGCACAACAAUUACGAAGGCAAACUGCAAACUUGGGUCAGUUGGUACCGAGCGAAAAGAAUUCUUUUCCUCUACAAACAGUGAUUUUACGAUCUAUAUACAGGCCUGGUAUGCUUCUAGCCUUGGAGCCUAUGUGUUUAUGCCUAUGCAUCUACUCUGCACUUCUUCUUGGGAUUCUCUAUCUUUUCUUUGGUGCUUUUCAAGUUGUCUUCCAGUCUGUAUAUGGAUUUGAGCUGUGGCAGCGUGGGCUUUCAUUUCUUGGCCUCUUGAUCGGAAUGUUCUUUGCCGUGCUUUCUGAUCCAUACUGGCGAUGGAACUACUGCCGACUUGAAAGAGAACAUCAAACUCUAAACGGAGAUGACUCUGGAUUUUUUCCAGAAUGGAGACUCCCCCAGGUAUUUAUCUCAGGGGCGCCUUUAGUCACUAUCGGCCUUUUUAUAUUUGCUUGGACAACCUAUCCUAGUGUUCAUUGGAUAGUGCCAAUUAUUGGAAGCGCCUUUUUUGGAGCAGGAACUAUUCUCGUUUACUCUGGCAUAUUUACAUUCCUUGUUGACGCCUAUCCCUCCUAUGCCGCCAGUGCUUUGGCAGCAAAUAGCUUUACUCGAUCCACGUUUGCGGGUGUUUUCCCUCUAUUUGGUAGCCAAAGUAAGGGGAAGGAUUUGAAACUUCUAGUCCGGACAAUACUAACAUUUUCAUUCUUUGGCCAGUGUACAAUAAAUUGGGUAUACACUGGGCCUCAUGUCUCCUCGCAUUUCUGA